AUGUCAAAUGUGAUUUCACCAUUCAAAAUGGAAAAACGAAAUCAGAGAUAUAUGGUUUGCGUGAGUGGAUUUGCAGCGGAGGAUAAAUGGAUGCGCUUCUCUGAUAUGAGUCAUCUAAUAGAAAGUGCGUGUGAGAGGGUGUGUAUUAAUCUUACAAGAUACGGUUUCUCGAAGACUUGUUUCCCUCUGCGCACUGCUCCAAUACCAAAUCCAAAUGAUUGUAUCAUAUGUGUUGGAUGGGUUUCAAAUCCGCAGUACUUUGUUCAAGUGUAUUUGAAAUCGGAAUGCCCUAUACUACCUACAUCACCAGAGUGGGCGAUUCAUUUCACAAUCUCACGCGAGACUUGGCCAGACCAAUUCAUUAAAAGGAUGCAAGAAUACAACAAGUUGAACAAAAUUGAAAUAGAAAAAAAUAGAGAAAAGUUAAAAGAGGUGCCACCGAUGGAUUUGGUCGACAACAAUCUUUUCGGCUCAUUUAAGUAG